AAAAGGCCAAAAGGAUUAAAGGUGCCAAUUCGCUUUUUAAUUUAGGUGAUGAGAGAGUUUUGAAAUAUGAUAAGGAAGAGUUAUUGAGAAUCUUGGAAGACAAUCGUUAUCAUUCUCCCAAAGAUUCA